GUGGUAGUUAGAAGUAGCGGUUCUCUUCACCCACGAUAACACCUUCCAAGUUUUAAUGUCGACCAUCAACCAAUCGCAUUCAACAUUUACACUCCUUACUAUUUAACCUCUCUUCUUUUCUUCUACUAUUCUUCAACCUCAAUCUUCGCCGGAAAUGUCAAGUUCCGAUCAACCCUCCGGCCACCAAACCCAUGUUGCUCUCUUCCCAAGUGCCGGCAUGGGCCAUCUUGUUCCCUUCCUGAGACUGACCAACACUCUCCUCCGCCAUAACUGUAAGCUUACUCUCAUCACUUCUCAUCCUUCUGUAUCUUCCGCUGAAUCUCACCUCAUUUCCCGCUUUCUCUCUGCUUUUCCCCAAAUCACUGAACUCAAGUUCCAUAUCUUACCUCUUGACCCUUCAAUCGCUAAUUCCGAUGACCCAUUUUUUCUUCAAUUUGAAGCCAUUCGUCGCUCUGUCCAUAUCCUCAAUUCUCCCCUUUCCUCUCUCUCUCCGCCGUUAUCCGCUCUUGUCUGUGAUGUCGCCUUGAUUUCCUCUAGUCUUCAACUUACAGCAACCCUUAACAUACCCAAUUACGCGCUCUUCCCUUCCUCUGCUAAAAUGCUCUCUCUCUUUGCCUAUUACCCGGUUGCUAAAAUGUCUGAUCCAUCAUCCGACUUCAUUCGCAUCCCAGCCAUUGGUUCCAUUCCCAAAAAAUCCCUCCCUCCUCCUCUGCUUGUCAAUAAUUCGAUCUUCGAGAAAAUUUUCUCACAAGAUGGUCAGAGAAUCAGAGAACUAAAUGGGAUUUUGAUCAAUGCAAUGGACACAAUAGAAGGAGAUACUCUCACAGCACUCAACAGUGGGAUGGUACUAAAUGGAUUACCCCCAGUAAUACCAAUAGGACCAUUGUUACCAUGUGAUUUCGAAAACCCAGAUGCCAAAUCUCCCAUAAAAUGGCUGGACAAUUUACCCCCGAGAUCGGUUGUUUUCGCAUGCUUCGGCAGCCGGACCGCCGCAUCAAGAGACCAAAUCAAAGAAAUCGGAAGUGGGUUAGUUUCUAGUGGGUACAGAUUCUUGUGGGCAGUGAAAGAUAAAGUAGUGGACAAGGAAGACAAAGAGGGGUUAGAGGAAAUAGUGGGGGAAGAACUAAUGAAGAAACUGAAGGAAAAGGGAAUGGUAUUGAAGGAAUGGGUGAAUCAACAGGAAAUCUUAGGGCACAGAGCAGUGGGUGGGUUUAUUAGCCAUUGUGGAUGGAAUUCUGUGAUGGAAGCGGGGUUGAAGGGAGUGCCAAUUUUGGGUUGGCCUCAGAUCGGAGAUCAGAUGGUCAAUGCAGAAUUGAUAGCAAAGAAAGGGGUUGGAAUGUGGGUUGAAGAAUGGGGAUGGGGCCAGACAUGUCUGGUGAAGGGCGAGGAACUUGCAGGAAGGAUUAAAGAGAUGAUGGAGAGUGAAGCUUUGAGGAAACAAGCUGCAAAGUUUAGAGAUGAAGCCAUUAAAGCAGUGGAAGUUGGAGGAAGCUGCGACAGAGCAAUUGAAGGGCUGAUUGGGAGGUGGAGGAAGGGGACUUGAAACCCUACUCUUCAUUUCUCAACUUGCCUCAAAAAGAAAUUACCGCAGUGGUAAAAUUUGUAUUACUACGGUUAUUUUAGUUCAUUACUAUUGCUAGGUGGUAUUUAUAUGUUCAAUCUCUCGAUUAUUGUAUUAAAAAAAUCCACAAAGUAAGUGAAGUCUAUGAAAUGAAGAGCGAAAUUAAUGUAAUAGAGAUAAUGAAACACAAUAAAUGUUACACAAAUAAUGGCGAAAAAAUUCAGAACUAAAA